UUCACCGUGAUACGGAUGAUUAUGGGCGGGACUCAGAAGGUCAAAAUUGAAACAGCUGCUGUUGCAAUGAACAAGAAGUUGACAAACGCGAUGUGCAGGCACAGAGGGAAGUGAGCACAGCACUUUAUGCAACCGAGUACGAGGUACCAAUGGGGUUGAAGACAGAAGAAGCAAAUUGCCAGUCACAGUUUGAAGCAGCUGUCCAGGUCAUUCAAGGCUUACCCAAAAAUGGUUCCUAUCGCCCUUCAUAUGAAGAAAUGCUACGUUUUUACGGUUACUACAAGCAAGCAACAAUGGGUCAAUGCCAGAUCCCAAGGCCAGGAUUUUGGGAUCCUAUUGGCAGAUAUAAAUGGGAUGCCUGGAAAAGGUUGGGAAAGAUGACCAAAGAGGAAGCCAUGGCUGCUUAUAUUAUGGAAAUGAAGAAAGCAGCCCAGAAGGUCAUCAACACUGUACCGAUGGACCAAGCUUCGGAGGAUAUGUUUUUAUACUUUGAACCCCUCUAUGAAGUGAUUCAUGAUAUGCCCAGACCCCCUGAAUCCUUCUUCAAGAAAAAAUCAGACUCAGAGACUUUCUCUUUGCAAAACAGUUCAUUAGAUGGAGUUGCUGAAAUCUAUCCAAAUCCAUCCGUACAUGAAGACUGCAAGCUAGCAGGACCUGGCCUUGCCAACAAAGUUAUGAAGAACAGCCAAGUGACCAAUGAUUCAAAGAAUGAGGUGUUCUGUGAUAGCCUAGAACAGGUGGAAUCUCAUCAGGCCAGAAGACUAUCAGCUAAACAAAGCUUUCCCUUGAGCAACUCUCCCAGGAGUCAAGCUACAGAGAAAACAGGAUCUUCAACGGACCUUUUGGCUCCAUCUCAUCUUAUACACCAGCAGAAGGCCCCACCUGAGAUCAACCAAAGCCCGGAAACCAUCGGAGAAAGUCAGAUAAGUGUCUUGACCCAGAAGGACAUGACCCUGCAGGUGAUGAGCACCAUUCAAGCUUUGCAGCAGGAUAUGAAAAAAGCGAUGGAAAGACUCAACUAUUUGGAAUCAUGGGCAGCUUUGCAGCAUCCUACAUCUAUGUUGAAACCUUGCCUUCCUUCCAACGUACCUGAUGCAAAGGAACUGCCAAGUUGGCCUGUACAUCUGUCUCCUCAUACCUGGUUUUUCUUGCUGGCUUGGCCUUUUGUUGUCCAGCGGCUACUUUGGUACUUCCAGAGACAGAAGCAAUGAAUUCCUUAUUGUCGUUUGAUAAUAGUAAGGGAGAAAAACUUCCUGGAAAUGCCUGGAAAGUUGGGUUUGAACUUCAAACAUUAGACUCCUAGCAACAUUUACCAAUGACCAUACGUUUCAUGUUUAUCAAUCCCUUGCUACAAUCCUGUGGUUUAAAGUGGAAGAUAUUUAAUAUACUUUGCUUUUCUUCUAAUUAAAUAUAAAAUAAAGAUGAAGGUGAAUGCAAAGGAAAA